UGUGCUAGCUCACAACACAAUAUGGCAAUGAUGGUGAUGGAGAUCGUUGAGAGUGGGAACAGAUAUAUUUUUGUUGAGGAAACUCCAUCACAAUAUGGUGGACUAAGCAAAGGAGACUUUGAAGCAGCUGAUAGUGUGAAUGAGAUUAUUGUGAAACCUUCAGCUCAACACAUUGUUGAAUUUUCUACCAAUCAGCACGGAAGAAAAGUCGGUUGUUGGAUGGAUGCUUUGCAUUGGCAAAAGUAUUGGAGUGUUGUUUUUUUUCCAGCUAUACUUGGUAUGCUUCUAUUUGCUGCAUGGCGAUCUUGUGACCUCUGGAUUUCAUUGGAGUUGCUGGUUAUAUUGAAUCAGAAGACAAAUAGAUUGUUGUAAUCUUAUUUGAACUGCUACGACUAAGUACAUGACAUUGAUUACAUAUUUACAUGUAAGAAAUUGUAAUUCAUUAUUUUAGCUUUCACUACCAACUAGAACAAAAAUGUGACUGAGAUAAUCUGUUCAAUAUUUUUUCCCAA